AUGGCCACUUCGAAGCCGCAACUGGAAGUCCAUAAAGCAGACCACAGCCCUUCAAAAUGGAGUGUGGCUCUUGGAGAAGAGGUUUUCAGCAGAUUUGUGGGGCAACCCAAUUCGGGUGUGCAGAAGGUGUUGGGCGAGGGCUCCUUGUUCAGCCCGCUGCUGUUCGGGAAGUUCUUCGACCCCGCCGAUGCCUUUCCGCUCUGGGAGUUUGAGUCCGAUCUGUUGAUGUCAGCCCUCCGCAGCUCUGGGAAAUCUUCAAUUGAUUGGUUUCAGACUGAUCAGGAAUACGUUCUUCAAGCAGAAUUACAAG